AUGCCCUUGAGCCUGAUGCCCUCUGGACGCCUAUCUGCAAAAAGUGUGUAUCAUCAGUGUCCUUCCACUAGGCGCCUCAAGCUUCGUGGCUACGUCGCUGGGUCGUGCCACCUCGCUCGUGCCAGCUCCUCGAAUUACGAAACACAUGGUGUUGUGGCUGUCACGACAUAUUGUUGUCAGCCAUUGAGCAAAGACCUGGUUCUCGGAGCAGACCACUUUCUUUGGGUACCCGGGGAUAUAAUGGCGGACAGGCCUGGCCACAGUUCCCCUGGACCACUGCGCAUCGGGGCUGUCCGACCAAGUUGCUAUCAGUUUUGCCAGGGAGAAGUCAAAUGCAUGCCGAGCAAGAGCCUCGGGAUCUGCCUGCAGUGCUGUAAUCACAACGGUUUUCCUGGGCAGGUAACUGUCCCAUCCCCAGCGGUGAUCAACGUUGAGGGCUAG